AUGCCAUCCCCGUUCACCGUUUCCGCACUAGCGAUCCUCGCCGAAAUACACCAUGUGGGGGAAAACAACCCUCCUCCCCCCGCCUCUUCUCUCCCUCUAAUCCACGACCGGUUACGGGAGUGGGCCCCGCUCUCCCCCUCCCUCUCUCCACCGUCCAGCGACACUACGGCUCGAUGCGGCCAUCGCAUCGCGUGCAACGUUGGGUCUAGCGUGUGGUCGGUUUCGAUCUCGGACGAUCUCGAGCGUCCCGGUAGCCGAGGUUGA